AUGACCCUUCGGGAUGUGGUCGACCGGUGGGCUCCUCCGUUGGAACCUCUUGAGAAGCUGUACAAAGAUAUCCACGCAAACCCUGAGCUAUCCCGCUUGGAAGAGAGGACCGCAUCUGUCGUUGCCAGUCGUCUCCGCGAAAUCCGGUAUGACGUGCACGAAGCGAUCGGUGGCCAUGGGGUGGUGGGUGUGCUCGAGAACGGACCAGGCAAGGUGGUGCUCCUGCGAGCAGAGCUAGACGCCUUGCCGAUCCGGGAGCAGACAAAUAUAUCCUAUGCAAGCACCAAACGGAUGGCGGACUGGUGGGGUCGUGACCAGCCAGUGAUGCAUGCCUGCGGGCACGACCUUCAUAUGACCUGCCUCUUGGCGGCGGCAGAACUGCUUGAAGCAGCCCGGUCUGAGUGGGCUGGGACGUUGCUUGUCUUGUUCCAGCCUAACGAGGAGCACACAGGCGGAGCACAGGCCAUGGUAGACGACGGACUCUACGACAAGGUCCCUCGGCCAGAUAUUGUCAUGGCACAGCAUCUCAUGCAAAUACCGAGUGGUGCCGUCAGCAUUAAACCGGGGCCCGUCUUGGUAUCAGCGGACACCGUCAAUAUUCGCAUAUUCUCGAGCGAGGGCCACCCUGCAAAUCCUCAGGUGUCCGUGGACGUUGCUGUUGUCGCCAGCAAGAUAAUAGCCCGGCUGGAGAACCUUGUGCACGAAACUGCCAAAGCGGGCUAUGCGUCGGCCACCGUGGAGGAGUUGCACUUGGGCCAGCCGGGAUUGGAUUGGGUUCAACAUGCGGACAUAGUCCUGGACGUGAAGGCUUAUGACCCUUCAAUCCGUUCGCGGUUGCUGGAUGGAGUCACUGAGAUUGUGAGGGAGGUGUUCUGGGCCGCUUUCGGGGCGCAGAGCGUCCUGGAUGAUGUGCCCAGCCAUCCAUGCGAGGACUUUUCCAUCCUCGCCACUGCCAUCAAUGUACCCUAUGUGUUCUGGUUCUUGGGGAGAGCCGAUGCCGAGGCUCUAGAUAGGGCCAAAAAGGCAGGAAGGCUCCUUGACGACAUUCCCAUCGAGCACUCUCCAUUCAAUGCGCCACUUAUCCAUCCGACUUUAGAGACGGUUCUGAGAAAACUGGAGCUGGCCCCUGAUGCGCUGUCGAACCGGGGCACUGUGGACAUCGACAUCAUCAUCGUGCCAGACUACGAAUUGACAAGCACCGGGUUCCAGCGCUUUAAUUACACUGGUAUCCACCACCGAGGGGCCGAAUCAAUCUGGCAGUCUAUGAUUGACUCCGGCGAUAAGCUUGUCCAAAGCUUAGUGAAAACUCUGGUCUAUCCAUCGUCGGGUCGUGUUCGACCACUGAUAUUCAUAGCUUAUGGGUUUGGCGGUAUUGUCGUCAAAAGAAAAAUCAAAGACCAUCCCGAGAUCCGGAAGAUGUGCCUUGCACAACGCAACGUCGUGCUCUUUGGUGUGCCUCAUCUAGAUCAAGAACGCCGAGACUUGUGGCCCAAGUUGGAUAUCUUGCUCAAAUCCUACGGGUACCCAAAAGGGUUCUACAAGGAUCAAAACGAAGAUCAUACCUUGAUUGUCGAUGUGUCCUACAAAUUCAAGAACCUCGAUCUCACGGGGCGAGUUCUGUCGGUCUACAAAAGCAGACCCACUCGAAUCAGAUCUAUCCCUCACAAGGAAGAACUUCUCGUGGGUGACAUGGCGGUAUCGGGUUGCUGCCCAGACAAGAGACAUGCUUGGGGAUCGCAACAGACUAUGGCGGGACAUCCACUCUACAAAGAAUUGGCAACCCUUAUUGAGGACUGUGCAUCCGAUUCUAUUGGGGCGAUGGACACAGGAGUUCCCUCUGACGGUAAGUGA